AUGGCUACAAAUACUGACCAGCAAAGAAAAUAUCGUGAAGAUGCAAAUGCUGUAGAAAAUUUUUCUAAAAAAUACUAUGAUAUAUUAGAUACACGAAGACAUAAUGUAGAUAAAUUUUAUCAAGCACAUGCGAAAUUAAUUUGGAAUGGAAAUGAAAUUAAUGGUCAAACAGCAAUUGCAAAUCAUUUAGUUUCACUACCACCAACAAAACAUCAUAUUUAUGCAUUAGAUUAUUUUCCUAUGAAAGAUCUCUUUCCUGAUGAAGAUACGUCUUAUCAGGUAUUUGUUAGUGGUGCUGUUAUCUAUGGUACACCAGAAAGUACAACAGUAACAAAAGAAAAACGUCUUUUUUCACAUAUAUUUGUCUUAACUGUGGAUAUUACAACAUCAACAUGGGUUAUUGCUAAUGAAUGUUUUCGUUUUCAUGAAUAG